AUGGCUGCUCAAGUCACCGGCUUCCGCAGUACUGGGGCUGUCGACGACAAUGUCGAGCUUGGUGUGCCCGGUACGGUUCACUUGAUCGACUUGGACAACAACAUGGGCGGAGCUGUCCAUGACAAGGCUCACAAGGAUGUCAUCUUGUAUCCAACCCCGAGUGCCGAUCCCGAAGAUCCUUUGAAUUGGAGCCGGAAGCGAAAGCUGAUGAAUUCCUUCUGCCUUCAAUUGUAUACUUUCAUGGUUGCUGGAGGCACCGCCACCGGCUACGCUGUCUAUCCCCAAAUCAUCGAGAACACUGGGAUCCCUCUUGCGACGUUGAACUCGGCGGUUAGUGUCAUGUUCUUGUUCCUGGGCUGGGGCUGUUUGUUCUGGUGUCCAAUUGCUCUCCAGUACGGCCGACGGGGUACCUAUAUUCUCUCGAUGACUGCCUGCAUGUGUAUGAAUCUGUGGGCUCCUUACACAACAAGUGCUGGUACUUGGUAUGCACAUCGGAUCAUCUAUGGUUUCUUCGGUGCUCCCAUCGAAGCUCUGGUUGAACAGUCCAUGCCGGACAUUUUCUUCACCCACGAGCGAGGCUUCCACGUCGGAAUGUUCCUGUUGUGGAUCGGGGGAGCCAGCUAUCUCUUCCCCAUCGCAGCUGGCUAUGUGGCACAAAAUAUGAAUUGGCACAGAUGGUGCUUCUAUUUCCCCUCCAUCUUCAUGGCCGUAUCAAUUGUGUUCUUGUUCUUCUUCAUGGAUGAAACCAUGUACGAUCGCAAGCUCUUGGAGUCACAAGCCAUCGAGCGAGCGCGCGCGGCGGCUUCUGGAACUGCGCAUGCUGAGGCCACUACUGCCGAGACAGACAUGACUUCAAAAGAGGCCCAGACGACAGAAAAGCCUCAACAGGAGGGCUCCGAUGCAAGUGUCAGCUCGGAGGCUCGUGAGGCUGGACUUGUGCCUAUAUAUGAACGACCGACAUAUUGGAAGAAGAUGCGCCUGUUCAGGAUCAUCCCGGGCAAAGAAAACCACUUGUUGGCGAUGAUGACUCGUCCUAUCAUGCAUGCCUGGAAUUUCCCCAUCAUGGCGAUGUCCGGAAUUCAAUACGGUUCGUUUCUGAUGUGGUUCACCGUGUUGAACGCGACAUGGACCAGCAUCCUCCAGGCGGACCCAUACAACUUCAGUCCCGGCAUUACGGGUGUGGCUUACGUGGCACCUUUCCUUGGAUCCUUGAUAGGAGCAUUCUACUCAGGAUGGUUUGGGGACAAAUUCCACAUGUGGAUGGCCAGACGCAAUGGCGGCAUUCGCGAGCCCGAACAACGUCUGUGGCUUUAUAUUGCCUGCACCAUCACCACCAUGACAGGCUUGUUACUCUGGGGUGUUGCAUCGGCGGACAAAGUUUCCUGGGUGGCUGUUCUGUUUGGAGCAGGCAUGAUGGGAUUCGGUGGACUCUUGGGAGAAGGCAUGAUCACCAUGACCUUGAUCCGAAACACUAUGGGAUUCGCCAUGGGAUAUGCCAUUACGCCGUGGUUUGAAACUGACGGGAUCAGGAACACUUUCAUUACCAUCUCCAUAUUGUCAAUUGUCCUCACUUGCGCCUUCUUCCCCUUCAUUUACUUCGGCAAGGCCGAGAGGAAGCGGACUGCCGAUAGGUACAGACGUUAUGCCGCGACAGCAACCAUGACCCACGAUGAAUAG